GUACACGGUAGAGGCUGGGCUCGAGCUAACAAAUAAUACCUUCUCACAAUUACACGAUCAGGUUCUGGUUGACAGGUCGCUGCUCAUCAGCGGAUGUGUAUCACCUUUUCAAGUAUUCUGUAGAGCAAAGGUUUUCUGUGAGUGCAAGUGAAAAGUAUGACAAGUAACUAUAUAAAGUUUGCAAAGACGUUCUUAAAGGAAGCACUAGAUCUGAACGUAUCUGACACUUUGAAGAAAUGUGCUCAACUUAUUCUUGAAAUCAUAAAGAAAUUGAUUGGUUUCGCUGAUGAGGCAAAGAAUAGUACGACUAAGGCAAAAAUGCCUCGCAAGUGUUGCUGGGAUACUGUGGACAUUGCUAGAGACUUAGCGCAAGACCUAGCGUGUACAGUUAUGCAGUAUGCCGAUUGGGGUAGUUCUGAAGAGAGGAUUAUGAGAGUAAAAUCAGCAGUGGAAGCUGGUGAUUUUAGGGCUUUCGAGUCAUUCAUGGAUACACUGACUACGCAUUUACGACAAAUAAAGGAGAUCUACGAAUCGUCUAGUGAGGCUGCACAAGAAGCAAAGACGCAAGCGUGUACUGCAGCGGAAAAUGUGGAGAAAGAAGCCAAUAAGGCCAAAAGCGAAAGAAAGUUUGUCCAAGGUGUCGGUGGAACCGCAUCUGGCCUAUUGAUUGGUGGUGGCGUCGCAGGUAUCAUUGCCACCGCGGUGUUUCCACCAGCUGGUGGAGCUGUGGCUGCAGCGUUGGCCUGUUCAGGAGCAGCAGCUUCCGGAGGAGUAGCAACUGCUGUUGUGACUGGUCUUUACGCAGAAGAACUAAGAAAAACAGCAAAACAAUUGGAAACGGUGGGUGAACUGUUGGAAUAUCUGUCGAAUACAGCUGCUACUCUUUUUACAAUCGUGAGGAGAUUGAACAGUUGGGUGAAAAAAAGUGCAAGGACAAUGGAAAUUGCUUGCACAGCAGCUAGACAUGCCGAGAAUGGUUACCCCUACGACCUCAUCGAUGCAGUGGAACUGUUUCAUGAUCAGUCAGGCGCGCUACGGGUUGAUGUUUGCAAAGCUAACAAUGAGUUGCAACAGAUCAAGACCCGCAUGAAGCAGAAGUCUAGGUGAGCAGCAAUUCAAGUGCACCUCUAGAAAGACUAAAUGAUUCAUUGAAAAUGGAAAGUUACUUGGAACGUAUACGUUUGACGUACGUUUAGAUCGACUUAGUUUAGCUGUACGUGUUUAGUUAGACAAACGUGUUGGUGUCUACAAGAGCUUUCAUCUAGGUUUUUCUUUUAUUGAGUUCGUGCGUUGACUAUAUAUGUAGUAGCUUGUAGAGUAGAAGUGUAUACAAGUUGUGACGCUGUUGCAUGUUGACUAGAUUAAGCUGGAAAGAUUAAAACAUACUCAGUAACUGUUAUUACAUUGAGUUG